AUGAGGUCACAGUUAAGGCUUCACGUGCUGUUCAGCGCCAUCCUCUCCAUCACCUCAACAGCCGCGAUAGACCCCAGCAACUCCCUAGUAUUGACACCAGGGCAAAUAGCAUCCAUCCCCACAUGGGACUUGCAGUCCUCCACGAAGGCGGGAAAAGAUCUGGAGACACUCUCUCGCCCUGGCGUCGACACCUCGGGAUGGAUUCACGUCAACGCGUCCAAGUGUACCCUGAUGGGCUGUCUGCUAGAAGCCGGCACCUACAACGACACCGAGUUAUUCUACUCUGACAACCUCCGAAAAGUCGACAGCAAACAGUUCGAAGUGCCCUGGCUGUAUCGACACGAAUUUGGACUGGAUCCUGAGGCUGGGAAAUACUUCCAUCUGAUCACGCAUGGAAUCACUUCUCGCGCCGACGUGUACCUGAACGGGAAGGAAGUUGCAGACAAGAAGACACAGGCUGGUGGUUAUGGAGGACACACGUACGAUAUUACUGAUCUGGUGGGCCAGAAAAAUGCCUUGCUCAUUCAGGCACAUCCGACGAGCUAUUAUUACGACUUCGCGCUAGGUUGGGUGGACUGGAAUCCAUGGCCUGCAGACAACGGCACCGGUGUAUGGAGAGAUGUGGAAGUCAAGCAGACGGGAUCCGUUGCUCUUGGGCCGCUACGCGUGGUAACCCAGCUCGGAACGCCUCUGGAAAGCUCGCCCGCAAACGUGACACUGCGAUCCAGGGCCCGUAAUCUGGAAAAGGCUGCAGUAACCAUCACUGUCGCCGGCACCAUUUCCCCGGAACGGUACCCCGGCCCGCCGAUUACUUGGUCCCAAAUCGUCACCCUUCCGCCCCUGUCAACCACAGACCUCUCCGUCUUUGUUUCCAACAACACGAUCUCCGACUUUGCCUCCGCGACAUUUGGCUUCCGCACCGUCACCUCCAAGCUCAACUCCUACAACGACACCACAUUCUACGUCAACGCCAAACCCUUCCAAGUUCUUGGCGCUGGUUACGCACCCGACAUGUUUCUCCGUUUCAAUCCCUCAAAGUUCGAAUCCGAGGCCCAAUACGUCCUCGACCUCGGCUUCAACACCAUCCGCCUCGAAGGAAAGAACGAGCACCCCGAGCUCUAUGAGAUUGCCGACCGACGGGGCAUCAUGAUCCUUGCUGGAUGGGAGUGCUGUGAUAAGUGGGAGGCAUGGAGUUACAACCAGGACCUGGCGGUGCCAACACCGGUAUGGAACGAGGAAGACUACGGGAUUGCCAAUGCGAGUAUGUUCCACGAGGCCGGCAUGCUUCAAACUCAUCCGAGUGUCCUUGGGUAUCUGAUUGGCAGCGACUAUUGGCCUGACGAAAAGGCGUCACCGAUGUAUAUGAACGCUCUCCAGAGCCAGGACUGGCAGACACCGGUGCUAGCGUCGGCUUCGAGGAGGGGAUUCCCUGCGUUCAUGGGCUCGCCGGGACUGAAGAUGGAAGGACCAUAUGACUGGGUGCCGCCCAACUACUGGUAUGAUAUUGAACCGAGUGCAAGUCGUCUCGGAGCGGCAUUUGGGUUUGGAUCAGAGUUGGGUGCGGGAGUUGGAACCCCAGACUUGUCCAGUCUGAAGAAGUUUCUCUCCCCGGCUGAUUUGAACGACCUGUGGAAGAACCCCAACAAAAACCUGUUCCACAUGUCCACUGAGACCUCCAGCUUUCACAACCGCAAGAUCUACAACGACGGCCUCUGGAAACGCUGGGGAGCUCCAACUUCUCUCGAGGACUAUGUCCAAAAGACGCAGAUCACCGACUACGAAGCCACCCGCGCUCAGUUCGAAGCCUACGCCGCCAACUGGAACUCCAAGCGGCCUGCCACCGGCCUGAUCUACUGGAUGCUGACCGGUGCCUUUCCGAGCUUGCACUGGUCCAUCUGGGACUACUACAUGCACCCGGCCGGCGCCUACUUUGGCGCCAAAGUGGGUAGUCGGAUCGAACAUGUGGCGUAUGACUAUGUCAAAAAGAGCGUGUUUCUUAUCAACAGGUCAUUGGACAAGGAAGGAGCAAGGAGUGUCGAGAUUCAAGUGGUGGAUACAACUGGCAAGACCUUGUUGAGUAACACGGUCAAGACAACGACAAAGCCGAACACAAGCAAGGAAAUCACUUCUCUGUCUUCCGCCCUGAAGAACAUCAAAGACGUCGUAUUUGUCCGUCUGGUCCUUUCCGAUCCCUCCUCCAAAGACACUCAGGUCCUGAGCCGCAACGUCUACUGGCUCUCCAAAACUAUCGACACUCUCGACUGGGACAACUCCGACUGGUUCUAUACGCCUGUCACCAAGUACAGCGACUACACGGCCUUGAACAAACUGGCGGCUGCGAACGUGAGUUUGGCAGCUCGGUCCCGUGGGCACGGUCCAAAGGGGCAUUCGGAAUCAGCAAUGCAGGUUACUUUAGAGAAUCACUCUUCCGUGCCGGCGUUCUUCAUUAGGCUCAACUUGGUGGACAAGGAUGGCAAAGACGUGUUGCCGGUAACUUGGGAUGAUAAUUACUUGACCCUGUGGCCGAGGGAGAAGAUUACGGUUAAGGUUAGGCCUUUUGGGGGGGCGGCGGAGCCGGCAGUCGUUCAAGUGGUUGGAAAGAAUGUCAAAGGCAGCACUGUGAGCAUUGCUUACUCUCUUGGAGAUUCUUACCCCUAA